AUGCCAGUGAACAACACGGACUUCAUAUGUGACAUGAGGCAGGUCAGGCAGUUUGCUCCAGCCUUCCUGCUUGUGUUCUUCUGGCUCAUCUUCUCUGUGGGCACUGUGGGAAAUGCCUUGGUUGUGCUCGUAUAUUGCAAACACCACUUCAGGAGGAGCACGAUGGAUUGGUACCUGCUGCACUUGGCCAUUGCAGACCUGCUUCUCCUCUUCACCCUCCCCUUCUGGGCCGAGGCUGCCUCCAAUGGCUGGAUCUUCAAGAACCUCAUGUGCAAAGUUGUCAACAGUAUGUAUAAGAUCAACUUCUGCAGCUGCAGCUUGUUUCUAACCUGCAUCAGCUUGGACAGGUACAUCACUAUUGUCCAGCCAACGAAAGCUAACGCCUCUAAGCGAAGGCGGCUCCUGCGCAGCAAAGUGAUGUGUUGGGCUGUCUGGCUGACAUCCAUGAGCCUGUGCAUCCCAGAAAUCAUGUACAGCCAAAGCAUGCGGGUGGGUAACAUAACAAUUUGCAAAGUCACAUAUCCACCAAACAUCAGCAUGAACUUCAGAGCUACUGUCCUGGCCUCAAAAGUCACAUUCGGAUUCUUCCUCCCGCUCCUUGUCAUGGUCAUUUGUUACGCCCUCAUCAUCAAGACCCUCCUGCAAGCCAAAAGAUCCCACAAGCAGAAGCCACUGAAGAUCAUCACCAUGAUCAUCACUGCUUUCCUCCUCUCCCAGCUCCCGUACAACAUUGUUUUGCUGGUCAAAGCCAUCAGCACCUAUGCCAGGGAAGCACAGAGCUGUGAUGCUGCCGGCCGGCUGGACAUCGCGCUGCAGCUCACGCAGAGCAUCGCCUUCCUCCACAGCUGCCUCAACCCCUUUCUCUACGCCUUCGCUGGCGAGCGCUUCAGGACAGCGCUGGGCAGGGCAAUGCCGGGCAGCAGCUUCUGCUGGAGCAGGAGCCAAGACCAGUGCUCCUCUGCCUGCAACAGCCAUGAGCACAGCUCAGACUGGUCCUUCGCCAUGCUGGGGAGGCGGCGAGUGAGGAGCUCCCUCACCCUCAACACACACUUAAUCACAGAGUCAUAG